AUGCUCGGCGGGGCGCUGGCGCUGGCGCUGCUCUGUGCCCUGCCCCUGUGCCCGGCGGGGCUGGAGCCCCCCGAGACGGGCUCCGGGCUGGACACAGAUGAAGUGAACUUGCUGGACAAAAUCACUCUCUAUGCCCAGGACCUCAGCAAUAUUUCCUUUGCCUAUGAUGAAGCCAACUGCAGGAUCCUGGAGGUGGGGCAGUACGCCACCCUCAACAUCCCCACCAGGGAGGCCUUUGGGGACAGGUUUGCAGAUGAGCUGAGCGUGCUGAUGAAGCUCAGGUACUCCCUGAAGGAGGACACCAGCCUGGUGACCAUCCUCAGCCACAGGAGCCACGUGCUCUUCCAGAUCAGGAUCAACCCCUACGGCCUGGUCUUUGUCACCACGAGGAGGAGACACUACGAGUUCCCAGUUUCCUUCCUUGGUGAUGGGCACUGGCACCAGGUUGCCCUCAGCAUCUCCCUGGAGAGGCUGGAGUUGCACGUGGACUGUCGGCUGGUGGACAGAGUGAGCUGGGCCAACUAUUUCGGGAUGGGAGUGAACACUGAGGGGCUCAUCAUCAUUGGAGGCCUCAUCGAGUCCUUUGAGAUCCCCUUUAAGGGAGCUCUCCAGCAGCUGACCUUCGUGAUGGGAGACCCCUCAGCCGCCGCCGAGCACUGUCACAGCUACAACUCCACCUGCACGGGCUCCUUCAGCCUCAGCCACCUCACCUCCUCCUGGGAGCCCUCCACAGCCUGGCCAGAGGUGCCAAAGGAAACCAAUGAAAUCCAGGAUUCCUCUGCUCAGGAUUCCAGACUCACCAGUUCAGAUUUGACCCUGGGGACACCUUGGAUGUGGGAGGACCCCCAGGAGACCCUCAGCCUUCAGCCUGAUGGGAGCGCCCUGGCUUCACUCUCUGCUCACGAGAUGCCAUCAGCUGAGGAGGAGGAGGAGGAGGAGGAGGGCAGCCUUUCUAUUGAGGAUGAAGGCUUUGAGCUGCUCAACUCCACCUAUAAUAAAAUCACAGGCCCUGGCAGGCCAGGGCUGGGCAGGAGCAGCACGUGGGUCCAUGGUCAAGGAGCCUCCAUGAAGACACACAGAGCAGCCAAGAAGGACCAUCAGGAGGAAAACAUCACCGUGGAGAAGCUGGCGGGGAACGCGGGCACUCGGCAGCAGCUCCCGCCCGGCAAACCCGGCCAUGCCAUCCCCAGCCUGCUGCCCCACACCUUCCCCAAGGUCCUGGCAGCACGUCAGGCGGCUGCUCCCAAAGGACACGUGCCCAGAGGUCCUGUGAGGACAGCAGAGCUUCCUCUGGUGGCAGCCAGACCCGCUGUGCCGGGGCUCGGGGACGGCGCUGCCCGCGCAGGACACUCCGUCCCCGUGGUGGCACGUGGGCAGCAGGGUCAUGUGAGACCAGGACCCCCAGGGCUGCCAGGACCCCCAGGGCUGCCGGGCUGUCCUGGCAGACGGGGACUGGUGGGGCCCAAAGGAGACAAAGGAUACCCUGGAGCCGUGGGCAGGACGGGCCCCCCAGGUGACCCAGGCCCUGUGGGCAUCCCUGGUGUGCCCACCAUCGUCCUCUGGAGGAACUCCAGGGAGGACUGGCAGACCUUCACGGGCCCCUGUGGAGCCCCAGGAGAGCCGGGGGAGAAAGGCCAGCGGGGGUACACGGGUGAACCCGGGCUCCAGGGCUUGCCAGGACGGGUGGGUUACCCUGGCUCAGAUGGCACCCCUGGCCUGGAUGGCAAACCUGGGCCGUGGGGGCUGCCAGGGGAGCAGGGGCUGCAGGGCUUCCAGGGUGACCGUGGGGUGGCUGGAGAGAAGGGAGAGGAGGGUUUCUUGGGUGACCCUGGGCCUGCUGGGGAGAAAGGAGAGAAGGGAGUGAAGGGGGUGAAGGGAGAAAAUGGCCUGCCAGGUCCUGCUGGGCUCCAGGGGCUGUCGGGUCUGAAGGGUGUGAUGGGCUUCCAGGGCCCUGCAGGGCCAGAGGGAGAAGGUGGCUCAGUGGGUCCCCCAGGCCCUGUUGGCCCUGUGGGGGAGCAGGGCCAGCCGGGAUCCGUGGGCUGCAGAGGCAUCAAUGGCUCUCAGGGGGACAUGGGCCCUCCUGGCCCGCCCGGCCCGCGGGGCCCCAAGGGACCGCAGGGACUGCAGGGCAGACGUGGCCCCCCCGGCCCCAGGGGCUCCCAGGGUCCAGCUGGGAUGGAGGGAUCCAGUGGUCCCAAAGGAGACACUGGAGCAGAUGGUGCCCCUGGGGGGAGGGGACAGCCAGGCUUGGAGGGCCCUGGGGGGUUUAUUGGCCUGCCGGGUCCAAGAGGCGCCCAAGGAGAGCGGGGCUGCCGAGGUCCAAGUGGAGCCAAGGGAGACCUGGGGGCCAAAGGAGACAAGGGUCCACGUGGAGCACAAGGAGCAAAAGGCCCCCCGGGGACCCGGGGCCAGGGGGGCUUGCAGGGCUUCCCCGGCCCCCGAGGGGCGGCGGGGCCGCGGGGCCCAGACGGGCAGGAAGGCCAGAUAGGCCCAGCAGGGCUGAACAGCAGCGAGGGACCCAAGGGAAGCCAAGGACCUGAUGGCCCCAAGGGAAGCCCAGGACCGCGGGGAGCCCGGGGCCGUGUGGGUCAGCGUGGGCUGGUCGGAGUCCCUGGACUGCCUGGCUCGCGGGGUGUCCCGGGAGCAGAAGGAGCAGAAGGAAAGCCUGGUACACAGGGUCACCCUGGAAUCGUGGGCAGCCUGGGCAGGAGGGGGUCACUGGGAUUUGCUGGUUUGCCAGGAGGCCGUGGGCACCUUGGACCUCCUGGAUCGAUAGGCUCUCCAGGAAAGCCUGGACCUGAUGGAGACCCGGGUUCCCUGGGCCCAAAGGGGCUGCCUGGGAAGCCUGGCUUGGAGGGGCCACAAGGACCUGUGGGCACCUACGGCUAUCCAGGACCUGCUGGUGACCGUGGAAGACCAGGGCGCAGGGGAGACAAGGGAGAAAGGGGAGCCCAAGGUGCCCCAGGAUUUCCAGGAAAAGCUGGUGCCAAGGCCCUGCCAGGUCCCCCUGGUCCACGUGGUGCUCCUGGCUCCCAGGGCAGAACUGGUGACCCAGGUCCUCGAGGGCUCCCAGGGCUGCCUGGUGUUCCUGGUGUGCGGGGGCUGGAUGGCAUUCCCGGGAAGCCUGGCUUGGCUGGAGAACCCGGGGCUCCUGGAGCAGCUGGUGCUGCUGGCCCGCCUGGGUACCCGGGCCGGGAAGGUCCAAAUGGACAUGAAGGGCCUUCAGGGAUGAGAGGAGAGAAGGGCGAUGUGGGAGACCCUGGGGAAGCUGGUGUCCGUGGGCUGGAUGGUGAGCAGGGACCACCGGGACCACCAGGAAUGGAGGGUCAGCCUGGGCCCAAGGGCGAGCAGGGAGAGACAGGAAUCCGAGGAGCUCCAGGUGUCAGAGGGAGCCCUGGGGAGCCAGGGGAUGAUGGACCAGAGGGGCCUCCAGGGCGGCCUGGGAAGCAGGGGAAGGAGGGUGACACCGGUGACGUUGGAGACCCAGGAGAGCCAGGACCACGGGGACGGAAGGGUGAUGCUGGUCCCAGGGGCCUCCCUGGAGUGGCUGGUCCAGGAGCUGCCACGGGGGAAAUCGGAGGAAAAGGCCAGAAAGGAGAGAAGGGCCGAGAAGGUUUGAUGGGCCAGGUUGGGGUCACUGGAGCUGCAGGACCUGCUGGAGCCAGAGGAUGGUUUGGUGGGACAGGACUCCGAGGUCCUCCUGGGCUCGACGGUCCCGAGGGAGAGAAGGGAGAUCCAGGACCACGAGGCACGGAUGGACCUGCUGGUGCUGCAGGAUUAGAGGGACUCGCUGGAGAUGAUGGAGUGAAGGGAGAUGGUGGCAAACCCGGUCCAGUGGGCUCAGCAGGGGCUCAGGGGCUGGCAGGUGCCCCCGGGCUCCGGGGAUACACCGGACACGAAGGAGCCAGAGGAGUGACGGGCACCAAGGGAAAGCCAGGCCGGCAGGGUUCUCUUGGGCCCCCGGGCGAAGCUGGAGCCACGGGGCUGAGCGGCACUGAGGGCCUGGUGGGUGCAAAAGGGGAGCCAGGCAAGCCAGGGAAACCAGGACAAAUGGGCUCUCCGGGACAAGCUGGUCCUAAAGGAUGGAAAGGCCGCAAAGGAGAAAAGGGCAACAUGGGGCAGGAAGGGCAGGAAGGGGUCCCUGGAGAAGCUGGCAGGCGGGGCAAGCGAGGCAAGAUGGGCCACCAGCCCCCACGGGGUCCCCGGGGGCACAAGGGCUCCCCAGGUGCCAAAGGGCUUCCAGGACCCCAGGGCCCCCAGGGCCCCUAUGGCAUCCCAGGGCUGAAGGGCAUGAAAGGAGACCCUGGACCCAAAGGCCACAAGGGCGAGAAGGGCAGCAUGGGUGACCUGGGCCAGCAAGGGGAUGAUGGCUUCAAGGGCAAGCCAGGACCCCAUGGCAUCCCUGGGAGGCCGGGACCCAAGGGAAAACAGGGUGACACUGGCCCCCCUGGCCCACCGGGACACCCUGGAAUUCCCGGGACACCAGGCUUAUCUGGACCCAAAGGGCUGAGGGGCUUCCCGGGCCUGCCAGGCCCCAGGGGCACACCGGGAAUGCCGGGUCUGGCCGGCCCCCCUGGUCCCAGCGGGCCCUCACUGGUGCUGUCCCAGGAGGAGCUGCAGCACCUCAUUUAUUCCUCCAACCACCUGAACUACACUGCAGUGUGGGCUCUGCUGGACACCCUGAACCAGGAGCUCCAAGCCCUCGUUGAGCAUCCCAAUGGCACCAAAACCAACCCAGCAACCACCUGCAAGGAGCUGCUGCUGGCACACCCCAGCCUGCCCGAUGGGCAGUACUACAUUGACCCCAACCAGGGCAGCCCCCAGGACGCACUGGUGGCCUUCUGCAACUUCACAGCGGGGGGGGAGACCUGCAUAGCCCCCAUCCACAACCAGGUCCCCAUCAAGGCUUGGCUGAGCACCUACACCUCCGAGGACACCUUUGAGUGGUUCAGCACCCUGCCCGGGGGCUUCCUGCUGGAAUACAGGGGGGCCAGCCCGGUGCAGCUCCGUUUCCUGCGGCUGCACAGCAGCCUGGCCACCCAGAAGGUGUCCUACUCCUGCAGACCGGCCCCCGAGCGGGGCCACCCCCAGCCCGCCAAGGAAAUCCGCUUCCUGGCCGACUCCCGGGAGCAGAGCUAUGCGGCCAGCCUGCAGGGCUGCCUGCUGGACAACGAGUCCUCCAUCACCGACACCAUCUUCCAGUUCAGCACGGAGGAGCUGUCGCUGCUGCCCCUGCGGGACCUGGCGGUGUUUCACAACGGCGACGCCUCGCACCAGUUUGGUUUCACAGUCGGACCAGUUUGCUUCAGCUGAAACUGGUGCCACCCAAACCGAGCCGGCCGGUUCCCUCCCCGCCCAAGAGCCAUCCUGUGGGGGCUGGGGGUGGCACGGGGCUCCCGCCCCCUCCCCGGAGC